CAAUUUCGACUGCCGAGAAGGAACCACACUGCGCACGCCCCUAACUUUUUGACUAUCUUUCCUCAAAAGGCAUAAUGUCGAUAUGCUUGUGACGGAGACGAUUUGGCGCUGCUCAUGUGAGAACACGUGAUUCGGAACACAAUUGGAAAUUGGCUUCUUGGCUGUUUCAUUGUCCUCUUCGCACUAACAUUUCCCCUUAUCCUUUGCCACGGCCUUCUUUGCCACCUCCUCUCUUACCGCCUCCCCCGCCUCUUCGCCCGCCUUCAUACACUUUCUCCUGGAAAAGAACCCCAAAUCCUUCAACUACCUCAAAUCCCCGGUGAACUGCACAAGAUGGUGGAGCCUCCCGCGGACCGGUUUAAAGCCAACUACACCGAGAUCCUUACCGUGACUGUGCAGGCCUAUCCCGAGCCUGCUAAGACAUACUUUCUGCACACUAGCCAAGCGACGAAGACUUCAAAGUUCUUUCGCGACAAAGCAGGCGGCGAUGUCCCAAUAUAUCUCAGCUUGGACAUACCAAACAUGUUCGACACGUACGUGGAAUGGGCCUACUACGGGAAGCUGGUCAUCCACGAGGACUUUGAGCAGCAGCAUGAUAGCUACGACGACCUGGUGAGACUCUACAACUUAGGGAUAGAUCUCAAAGACAAGGCCUUCUGCAAUGCAAUCAUGGACGCUACAAUCGAGCGUGGGUCGAGCCAUGGCUGGGUAACGGCUUACGAUCCAGACCGCUAUCUGCGGGAAGACCUCAUUGGUUGCAUGAUCCAGCUCUUCGUCCGAGUGUAUGCUGUGUUAGCAAAGCCUGGUGACCGCCCGUCUUUUGAAGAGGGUUUCGCUGGUUAUUUGCUCCACGAAUACCAACUCAUGGUUCACGACAUGACAAGGUUCCGGCUUCCAACGAUGGCGGACCGCUGCGACUACCAUGACCACGACGAAGGCGAACCAAGGUGCAACUAAGACCGAGACGGCGACUUCGAUUCGGAGUUCGCAGAGGCCCUACUCUGAAAAUCGGCAGCCAAGCGCUACAGCAAUUAACCUUCAGUGCCCUGGGCGCCCUGGAUUUGAGCUAGACUUGUGUGAAAGGCGAAGCACCGGCAUUGAGCUCAUCAUACUGCA